CUGGGCGGGGGGCGUGCGCGGGUGGGCUCCGCCCGGGAGCGGGGCCUUGGGCGCUCGGAGCCGGGAUUGCUGUCCCGCCGGCUCCCUGUACGAAUGAAAACGCCGUGGCCCGGCGCUCUCCGAGCCUAGAAAGCGAUACCUGAUCGGGGCUGCGUCUGUUGAGUGAAUGGGAAGCUGAGAGCGCAAUCAGGCUGCGACGCCACCCCGCCAUGGUGCACCCAAAUGGGGAGUUACUUCGUCAGUUGGGCCCUCCUUUUCUCCAGGCCACGGGGACAGACCAGGUGGUGGGACUCGGCCUCGUCGCCGUUAGCCUAAUCAUCUUCAUCUACUACACCGCCUGGGUGAUUCUCUUGCCUUUCAUCGACAGUCAGCAUGUCAUCCACAAGUACUUCCUGCCCAGAGCCUAUGCUGUCGCCAUCCCACUGGCUGCCGGCCUCCUGCUGCUCCUGUUUGUGGGAGUGUUCAUCACCUACGUGAUGCUGAAGAACCAGAAGGGGACCAAAAAAGCUCAGUGAAGGCCCAGUGGGGCUGAGGCUGUGGCACCCCUCUGCCACCCCUCCAAGGGUGGGGGUGCACAGGACCCAUCCAGGCACCUCGGCUCCCUCAAGCCAGGGCUCCCUUUGGACAUCCCGGGGAUGGAGCUGUUCAGGACCUACCACAUAGGCUUGCUCCUUCCUGCUCAACUUUCCAGAAGCCAGGAAGGAGGAUUACUGGGAAGCCUCCCUCCUACCCCUUUCUGGUUCAGGGCCUGAAAGAUGCUGGUUGUCUCCCUCUCACCUUCAGACUCCCUGUCACCUUUUCCUCUGAGUUCUAUCUUGUUUCAGUUUCCCUCCUGUCACCUGCUGAUGUUGGACUUGGUAGGUUCUGAGGCACCAUGUGUCCUGCUCCUCCUCUGAGGCAGCUUUCCUGGGUCUGACAUAGCCCCUGGCCCCACCAGGACUUCAGGACCUGGAAAGCCUAAGGGGUUUACUGACAGGCCAGGGGUUAUCACCAGGCCUCAGGGCACAUUAGGGGGGGGCCAUAGUAGGCCCCCAGACCAACUGCUUCUCAUAGAGGCCCAGCCCCUUGGGCCUAGCACUGGCCAGUUGGGGGAGAACUGAACAAUAAAUGUUGAUGAUGUGUU